AUGUACAACGCUCCAGGUGUGAUAAAGUGCACCUACUAUCCGUUCGCCAACGGGCGCGCAGCGCGGAGAAAUAUCGUGAUUGGAAAGUGUUCGGGCGCUUUAGAAUCCCCCGUUCUCGGUGUAAUCGAUGCUCUAAUAGCGCUCCCCGAGCGAUGUCUACUUGCGUCCAGCGCAGCCAAUUACCGCUCUCAAUAUUCGCGCUGUCAGCCUGAUGGAUGCUGCAUGAUGCAUCCGACGCCGAAGAAAGCCGAAGAAAGCGACGUGCAUCCAUCAGUCGUUCGCCGGCACCUGUCCACCGCUUGGUCGGAGCUUUUUCUCUGCCUU